CGUAAUCUAGAUGCGACAAAUUUUUUACUCACAUGUAUGCCAGCUCUGUCCACGCCUGAGUCGAGCCAGUCAAAUAUAAUAACAAUAAUUAUAAGAAUAUUUGAUCUUUAAACCUGCUGUUUCUACAGAAUGAGCUCCCAGAUUACUUGUGUCGCAUGGGUGAAGCGAGGCGUUGCCAAGGAAACCCCGGACAAAGUUGAGUUGAGCCAAGAGGAGCUACAACGUAUCAUUACUGAAGCAAAGCAGGAGCUGGGAGAACAAGUAGCUGAGGAUGAGGAAGAGGAUGAUGAGGGUAUAGCUGCGGAUACUAACGACAUUACACCGGACGUUGCUGGAGCUCCAGAGGAUGAGAGCGAAGAAAGGAAGGAGGAAGAAGACGAACUAGCAGAGUACGGCCUGGAUAAAUAUGAUGAAGAGGACAAUGUGACUGCCAAUCUCGGGGACAGUCUGGCUGGACUCACAGUGUUCAGCUCCAAUGAGGAGGAUCCUUACAUCACUCUCAAAGAUACAGACCAGUAUGAGCGAGAAGACUUCCAAAUCAAGCCCAACGACAAUCUCAUCCUCACAGGCAGAGCAGAGAAGGACUGCUGCAAUUUGGAGAUCUACAUCCAUAACUCAGAGGAGGACUCUUUGUAUGUUCAUCAUGAUAUUCUGCUGCCAGCUUACCCGCUCUGUAUAGAGUGGCUAAACUUUGACCCAAACCCUGGAGAAGGAUCAGCUAACUACGCCGCUGUGGGCAACAUGACUCCACAGAUCGACGUGUGGGACCUGGAUGUGGUAGACUGUUUAGAGCCAGUCUUCUCCCUAGGGAGCAAAAAGGCCUCUAAGAAGAAAAAGAAGAGCAAGAAGGGGGCCGCAGCAGCAGAGCCUGUCGAGGGACACACGGAUGCAGUGUUGGAUUUAUCCUGGAACAAACUGGUCAGGAAUGUGUUGGCCAGUGGAUCAGCAGAUGACACUGUGAUCUUGUGGGAUCUGUCUCAAGGCAAACCAGCCACAACUCUGCGCCGACACACUGAUAAGGUUCAGACGUUGGCUUUUCACCCCUUUGAGGCACAGACUCUGAUAUCAGGAUCAUAUGACAAGACAGCUGUCCUCUAUGAUUGCCGUAGUCCAGAUAACAGUUACCGGACCUGGAGGUUUAGUGGUCAAGUGGAGCGCCUGGCCUGGAAUCACUUUUCACCCUGCAACUUCCUGGCCAGCACAGAGGAUGGUUUCGUCUACUGUCUGGACGCACGCUCUGAUAAACCCGUGUUCACACUGAGGGCACAUGAUCAAGAAGUGUCAGGUUUGGAUCUUAGCAGCCAGAUUAAAGGAUGCCUGGUCACUUCAUCAGCUGACAAACAUGUAAAGAUCUGGGACAUUAUGGGGAACAAACCAAAUCUGGUGCAUUCAAGGGACAUGAAAAUGGGUGUGCUGUUCUGCGCUGCAUGUUGUCCUGAUCAGCCCUUCACUUACGCCUUUGGAGGACAGAAGGACGGCUUGCGGGUUUGGGAUAUAAGUGAUGUUGCAGCAGUGGCUGAGGUGUUCGGCAGUCGAGAGCGCUUGGUGGUGAACACAGGAUCACAGGCAUCCAGCACUGCAGCCACAACCGAGAUGGAAGUCUCCUAGUGACGUUCUGGAUGCAACAGCAGCCUGUGAACAUGAAUAAACUGAGCAGGCGUGCAGUAAAUAAAGCUGCACUCCUGAAAGACUUGAAAGAGUGGCCAAAGUGCAAAGUGGACCUAAAGCACCUGAAAGACUUUGAAGUUUGUUCAGACUUUUUCUGACCACAAAUACCAACAGCGGUAAAGUAAAAGUAAAGAAGUUAAGAAAAACAUUUCUUAUGUUCAUAUCAGUGAAUAUUAUAGGAAUUGUUUUUAGGUGAAAGCAGUGUUUGAAUAAUCAACAUCCCUCUCAGAUUGCAUUUCUUUGUACAUUUCCAAAUGUAGUGUGCUACUAAGACUAUUUUCACAUGAGAAACAUAUAGGUCAUAUUGUAUACCUGGUACCCUGG